AAUGUUUGCUCCAAACGCUUUAAAAGUUGCAACUCCUUUUUCGCUCUUUGGUAACGCAGAGAGCGAGGAACAUGAAGAUGUGCAAAUGGAAGAUCAGAAGAGUGAUGAAGAAUCUUUGGAUGCCAUUAGAAAAACCUAUGAAGUAACGGAUCAAACCACGAGUCAAGGGAUAGGAUCUACAUCCG